UGAUGGCAGUGCAGCAGACAAUUGGUCCGAAGACCAUUCGUGCCUAGCACAUUGGUGGACCGAUGGUUUCCGGACCACGGCCAGGCUUAUGUGCUGACUAUGUGCCAGGCAAUUGGUCCGAUAGACUAUUGUGCCAGCAUUGUGCAAACAUAAUCUGUCUGACUUAUUUACAAAGUAAAGAAGUUUUAAACCGGUGUUCAAGUUAUUUCUUUUCUACAAAUUGUUUUUAUCAACAAUUUAGUCAUUUUGACCAAUUUAUAUUAUACUUCGCACUAUUUCUAUAUAUGUAACAUAUUAUAAUUACAAAAUUACAAAUAUUCUUAAAGGAAUGGUCUGUGAAAAUUCGUGCCCUAGAUGCAUUCUAUUAGAAUUUUAAAACUUACCUGGCGCAACACAACUUGUAAGUGAACUUGAACAACCCAGAAAUUUAUUUCAAAUUAUGGACAGGUACCGAUAGUUUGAUGGGGUAGAUUCGGUGUCUACUAUGGCUUCUAAAAGAAUAUUACUUUGUACUACAACACUUCUUUUGGCACGCGCAAUUUUAGCAAAUGUAAACAUACAUAACUACAACGCAGUGCAUAGAUAUCCAACUGCCUAUGAAAAUGAUUGGCGUCCUGUAUUAAAUAAAGAAGCAAUAAAAUUUAAACCUGCACAUCGUGCAAAUGUGUGGAGCGCUGCGGUACCUGUUCAGCCCGGUUUGAAGAUAAUACAAGAAUAUUCAGCUAAUACAAAAAUACAUAAUGCUCAGAAAGGUUAUGAAUCCAGGGAAAUUUAUCCUUCAAAAAUAUUAGAAAAUGUCAAUCAUUUUACACACACUAACACGGAAUUGCUUCCCUCAGAGACUCGAAAGUAUUCGUUUCUUCUGCCUACUAAUAGAGAUCCUUUUAUCCUUCAGGACAAUUCAUUUAAAAGUUUAACAAUGAAACCUUCUAACAGAGAAGCAACACCAUAUUAUUCUAAUAUACCUAAAUCUUUUUUAGUGUCAGAAAUGCCACAUCCCAUUAGGCAACACUUUUUCACAGAAAAUACCAAGCCAUCUUAUCCUUUACCAGACCGAUCAGUUGUAACCUACAUAAAUCAAAACUUAAAUAAACAGUUUCCUGCUCUUCCUAGUGUUGAAUUUAAUAACAAAUUUUCAAAUAAUAUAACCGCUCCACAGAAUUAUAAUGGAAAUGGAAAUUUUCAAACAUACAAUACAAAUUUUCCGAACAAUUUUAAUCCCUUAAAUCAAACUAACUCACAAAAGAUUACUAAAAUAAAUAAUCAACAUAAUUUAGUUCAUGAAUAUCCAGAAAAAACCUAUGUUACUGCGUUUUCAAGGGUUAAAGUCAAACCGAUUUAUCAAAAUUAUGUUAUUCCUUCUAAAAUGUAUGCUCCAAAUUUAUUACCAAUGCAGGUAAAUUAUCUCCAUCAUUAUUCCAGCAAUGUAAAAAAGAACAACUCAGAAUCACACCCUGAAGAAUAUCAUUCUGAUAAUAAUAAUAAUAAUAUUGAAAGUAUAUACAAAGUAUUUCGUGGACCCUCAAUUAAAAGCAAUCUAGAUUUAACAUAUAUUAUACCAAAGUUUUCAAACAUAACACAAAAGGAAGCAAAUUUAAAAUAUACAACACCGGAUACGCAACAAUACUUUAAAAAAAAAGAAAUUCCACUCGAAAUUCCAGAAUAUCAAACAAUACAAAAUAAAUACAAAGAAGAAGAAAAUAUACACUUUAAACCAUACAUAAGCAAUAGACCUUUUAAAUUAUUAACAUCAACGAAUACACCUUUGGAAAGAGAAUUUCCAAGACAAACUGAAAUUUCAACAUUGCAAAAUAAAUAUAAUGACGACAUUGAGGAAUUUGAAGAUUAUGAAGGACAAGAAAAAAUUCAGAAUCAACAAGAAAGUUUAAAAUAUUCAGGAUUUUCAGACCAGUUGUUUUCUAAGAAAUACAAUUCUGGACAGGGCGUUGAGUUAAAAAAUAAUCUUCUUACUCAAAGUCUUCCGCAAAAUAGAAAUAGAAGUCAUGUAUUCUACGAAAAUGUUUUACCUAGACUACCUGUGACGAAAGCUUAUAGCCUAAUGACCGAACUACCUUUCUUCUAUAAUACUGUUACGCCUUCUCCUAUCACAGACACCCCGACAGAAGCAACUGUUUAUACAACUAUUCAAACAGUACAAAUUACAUCAACAGAAAGAGAAAAGGAAUUAAAGAAAGUGAAAAGUGAUCGUUUUGUUGGACAAAGUCGAAGAAGACCUACACAAGUAGCUCAGAGAGCUCUCAAUACAACACCAAAAAUUAAUGUAACCCCAAUGAAAAAAGAACUUAUUACUGAUUUUGAAACAAAUAAAGAUGAAGAAAAGGUAAUUGAUACUGAAAUAAAUGCAAAGUUCAUAAAAAAUAAGAGCGAUUCGGAAAUUGAAUCAACAAAGAGAGAAUCUACGUAUACUACUGAAACUUUCACAAGAAUUUUAGGAGAAAGUAAGGAUAAUUUUGCUACAACGGAAGAAUUGAACAUAAAUUGUUCAGGCUUAUGUUCGUCUGAUAAAGAUAAUUAUGAAUAUGAAAUUACUUCAACACAAACUUCAAUAGUAAGUAAUCAGGAUUAUACAACAGAAUCUUUAAAAAUAUCCACGAUUAAUAAUUACGAAAAUACGGAUCAAAAUUAUGGUAUUUUAACAACCGUUUCUGGAUUAGUAACGCACUCAUUCAGCACAAAAUACGAACCAAAGAUAUCAGCAACGACUCCUGCUACUAUUGUUAAAACAACUCCCAGAAUUCGAUUUUCUAAACCCAUAAAUACUUUAAGACCACGAUUUAGCGUGAAAGAUUAUAAAACAAAACUCGAUGAUAGAAACAGAAAAUCUCAAACUUCUACGACAGAAUCAAACGCAGAAAUUAUUAAUAUUAAAAAAAAAUCUCCAAUGGACAGAAAGCAAUUUGAGGCAACAAGAGAUGUUGUAGGUAGAUAUAAGUAUAUGUCAAGAAUACCAUUCAGAACAAGUACAACAACACCAACUACAGAAAACCAAGGAAAUUCUACACCUAAUGCACAGAUAAGGAAAAAAAUCAAUAAAUAUGUUCCUAAGGAAAGAUUUAACCUGAGACCUCUAAAUAUAAGUAGAACCCCAUUUGUUUUCUCAACAAAACAAAAAAGUCUUUACAAUUUCACACAUCCUGGAGAUAAUAAUUAUUCUUUAACCGGAAAUCAUGGAGAGAGUAAAUUUAAUGCCAAUACAUCAUCUUCAAUUGAGGGCGACAUAGAAAUAGUCACAUCUUCAAAUGUUGACAAUCGAAAUGAAGUAAAAGUUACUCCAGCACAAAAUAAAAAAAUAAAGCACAACUUUAAUCUCUAUCGACCAAUUGAGAAACUUGAUGUAAAGAAAAGUGAAAUUUUCAAAGUAGUGAAUAAUUUUCCGAAAUUAACCAAUGAACAAGAAGAUGAAGAACUUUUAGAAAAAGCAUCUCAAAGUGUAGCGGAUUUGACGAGUUCUGCUUCUUCAUUACACAAUAAAGGAAGUACGUCUAAAGCAGUUUCACAGUCGCCAGAUAAGACAAUAUUUUUAACACAUUUUAAAUCCACGUAUGAUACACCAACUUUACCUAUUGAAGCCUUUUUCCACGAUUUAUCUGAUAUGACAACAUAAUUAUUAAACAUAGUUUUAUCAUUAUGAUACUACUUAUGUGGUUAAAAUAUUAUUAAUAAAAUGAAACGUCUAAAAUCUUA